GCUUUUUCAGCUUCUUUCUGAGUAACAUCCAUUCACGGCUCGGAGCGAAGGCACGCAGAUAGCAUUGAUUUGGRCAUAGAUGACGCAGUAAGUGUGCUUCGGCCCAUUGGCCGACUUGCUCGACGCAAACGGAUUUUUUAUCCUUUCUCCGAAUGGAAGUCGAUUUCUCACUGGUGAAUUUCUGAUUUGAAAUGCCCGCAUCAAGUUCCUUUUGAAAGAUGGGACAAGCUCGGAAAUGCAGGAAUGCAUCCUCGCGAAGUAUUUUAACACACGUUUUGCAUACAUUUCUCAUGCUUUCGGAUUGAGAACUUAGCUGCGAGCAMUUCGAACUAAUAUCCUGAUAAGUGCUUCUGCUCAUCCAAGUGUAUACCAAUGGUCCCAAUGACACAACGGAUCCAUAAGCAGAAGACGGCGAGCGUAAAAAGUAAUCACUUGUCGAGUCGGGCGAUGCAAUAGAUCGGGUGCUAUMAUCGUUCGAGAAUAUCGAAUAAGUGCCAAUUUCGUCUUCCUUGUUUCCAGUUAUUUUGGGACGCAAAUCACCAGUGGCCUUUCUAUGUCUUUUGGCGCCCUCUUUCUUCGUUCCAUUUGUGGCUGCAUGACUUGUGUCGAACUGGAAAGAGAAUUUCAAAACCUUUGAAAAAUGCCGACUUGUAACCGGAUCUUUUUUCCUCCGCUUGUUUCGUGAAGCGUUCGUUUUUUCUUGAUGUGCCGAGGUGGGASCCAUAAUUCCUGAUGGCAUGUUCUUUCGCAUGUUUUGUUCAUUUUCGUSUCUUCGAAAUUAGAAGAGCUCUAUUCAAAAUGCUUUCAUUUCGAAAUUGCUGGUCCUGGCGUUAGCAUUUGCCAUUUACUUCCAACUUCCUUUCCCUGUCUCUCUUUCUAUGGUGGUAAURAGCGGACUUGUCUUCGAAGUCUAAAUAAUUUAACUUAAAUGUACGGUAAGWACUUGUACCGUAUCGUACGGUAAGGAAGACGAAASGAGGAAAAUAUUUGCGAUUUUUGCUUUACAGAAAUCAGAUCAAAAUUCAGCAAUAGAUUACAGUAUUAUGAAUGUACGGUACGUACGUAUCCUGCAUACYAGGGGCGGGUCAUACAUUGAAACCUGAAACCCCGAAUAUCGCAGUACUUCUUGUAACUURUUUGACCUURUGCGAUAAAAGUCUUGAGSUGGGUCAUAGUCAUAGUCUUUUCCGACAGUACGUACGUACCWCAAACAGCGUAGAAUAAUACAUUACUACAGCAUCACUGGAUAGCAAUUAUGUAUCACUUUACAAUUACGGAUGAAUGACAGACGUAAAUUUAACACCAUUGAUUGCGGAUCAUUUUUUCUUUUCGGCCUCGGCMUUCGUUACGGAUCAGAGUKUUCCAGAAAGAWAGCGACAAGUAGACAACGUUCAUGCGAUGUGAGAUUCCAUGSUAACAACUUCAUCGUGUUUCCUCUUACAGAAUUUAGAAUACCGGUACGGCCCGUCAACAUUUUUAAGUUGCUUCUAAAUCUUCAUUUCUUUCAAAACAAAGAGAAAAUCAACGAUGAMCUCGUCGAAGAAAUACAAGCUCUUUUCAAAGGAAAAUGCUGAAGGUGGAAAGGCGACGUGUGCCUUCUAUCAGUCUCCGGCUGGAUGUCGAAACGGUGAUAAUUGCAAGUUCUUACACGAAAAAGCUCCGUCUACAACUGCAGUGAAAGUAGAAUUAUCAGAUGAUUCCAGUAUGAGUUCCGAGAGUGAGGACGAAGCGCCUGUCAAAGUUCAAACCCAAGUGAAGAAAGAAAAAACUCCUCAAAAGCACGAAACAGAGCAACGGAAUAAAAAGAAAAAGAGGAAGUCCAUGGACGAUGGAGACAUAUUUUCUGCUCCCAAGAAUGCUAAUCACGGUAAACCUAGAAAGCAACAAGCUCCUUCUAGCAACAAAAAAUUGAAACCGUCUACCCCUUCAUCUAAGCCUACCACACCUGCCACUCCGAAAGUCAAGGUCGAGAAACAGCAACCAGCGGCUUCUACAAAUAGUUUCAGUAGCUUUGUUUCGAACUUGCCUGUCGCCGCGUUCUCGAUACCCGGCGUCACUACUCCUGUGAAAAAGGAACCUGAAGUUGUUGCACCGACAAAAGCUCYAGAAGAGAAGAAGACGCCAAAAAAGAAAGGGAAAAUUCUACCCACGUCCACGGCAGUUGGUCGAAAAUGGCAAAAAUCUAUCAUCGAAACCCGCAAACACGAUCGCUACGAUAACUCUCACAACUUUGAUAGAUACAAAGAACUCGAUGCCGAAAACAAUAUCGAAGCGACUUGGUUCAAAGCGAAGCCAUACGGUCCUUGGUGUGAAUCCAACCCACAGGCAAUCGCCAUUGACUGCGAAAUGUGUGAAACUCAGGACCCACUUACGGGGGGCAAGAAUUCCAAGGCCUUGUGUCGUAUUAGUGUUGUAAAUGCUGAGAACCCAGAGGAAGUGUUGUUGGAUACUCUUGUCAAACCUGCGUGGCCAGUCACUGACUAUAGGUCACGAAUCAAUGGAAUUAAGAAAGAACAUUUGGAUAWUGUGGAAUUCACCCUUCGACAUGCUCAAGCAUUCAUGUUGAAAUUAUGCAGCCAAGAAACCGUGAUUGUCGGGCACGCUGUCUCAAACGAUCUUGUGUCUCUUAAAAUGGAGCACGACGUGAUUUCAGACUCCUCUUUCCUCUUCCGAGCCAAAGACGCGCCGACUGCUAGUCCAAGUCUGAAGGAUUGUGUCAAAACCAUUCUCAAGAAAGAUAUGCCUGAGACGCAUGACAGUGUAAACGACGCGAGGAAGGCACUGGAAUGCGUCCUGGAAUGGAUUAAAAAUGAUGGCAAGGUUGAAGAGAUCGAACGCACUGCUAAGUUUCCCAAAACGGGACAUCAACUCUUCAUCCAUCGCAUUCCAAAAGAAUGCAAGGAAGAGCAUUUGACCAGCAUGUUCCUGAAACAUACGACCAUCGAGCCAAUUGAUAUUGAAGAAAUACAGUUCGCUGGAAAUUCUGGAAAAACCCAUGUGAGCUUUAAGUCUCCAAGGCAUGCGAACCUUGCCUUCGAGACUCUCGAUGGCAACGCAGAAGAAGAAAAAUCAGGCCGUCUUCAAAAGAAGGUCUACCUUCGAAAUGGAAAUUAUAUCCGAGUGAGGAAAAUGGUCCACGCAAAACGCCCAAACAAUAAUAAUAAGAACAAGGCUACGGACGGAAACAAUAUCACCAAACCAUCUCCUUGAAAAAUCGAAGCAACUUGAUUGCCUCGUUCCACAAGUUAAAAACUGUCAGAUGCAAAAAGCAUACCGGCACAAACUGCAAAAAAGCACCCCCUCUAUCCCUAAAAUAACAAUUUCCUCCUAUGGAUCCCCUUUUAUAGAAGAUAAGGCAUUAAAUUGCCAGCUUGAAAUUUCACCCCCCAAGCAGAUUGUGUGAGGAUAAUGACUCCCGAAUAGCUAUUGAAUAACCUCACUUUCUAUUGCGUUCAUCAGCUUUUCACAGAUUGAGGGCAUCACUGAUAUUUUGACGCAAUCAUUGUGUUUCAUUCACACUCUUGACGCAAUGGGUUUGCACUACAGGCCAUGCAUACUUCCUUUGCUUGGUCAAUGAACGAUUGCGAAAAUUUGUUCUUGAAAAAUGAAUUUUAUGGCUCUUGUUGGAUCAGAAAAUCAAGGCGUUUGAGAUAUGGGGGACAAAUAAACUUGGUUUUUCUUAGCAUAUACACCAUGAGAAUUAUUUGGUAUGUCAAGGUUCCAAUAUUUUCAAAAGCCUUWGCCAAUGAAUAUGGAUUUAAGUGACGAUCUGCAGGUUACGCUUUGGCGUGCCGUGUAACAAUAUUUUGUUGCCUGGCUUUUUUCACGACCUACAUCAAAUAGAAUGUAGGCAGAUUG